AAAAAAACAUAUACAUAUAAAAAAAGAGGAUCACUUAGAAUUAAUCAAACUAGUUGUUUGUUCAACAUGAAAGCGAAUUAUAAAAUAGUUUUCAUGUUAUUUACCUGCAUUUUCCUACUAAUCUUUUUCAUAGCAGAUCAAAGAACAACUUUGAAACAAAGAAAUAGACAAAACUUGAAGUGGUCUUCGGAUAUAAUAUAUGACCUAGAAAAUGGAAGAAGUACUAAAGGUUUGGUUGAUUAUAUUAGGGAAAGAUAUUUACAAGCUCCACCUACGAAGAGAAUUGGAUUACAUCAUACGAAAAUUAUAAAUAUUAUUAGGAAUCAACAAUCAACCUUUGUUGAUUUACUUUUAAAGGGUAAGAAAAAUGGCAUAUUCAUUGAGUGUGGAGCAGCGGAUGGACUUGUUUCAUCAAAGACAAUAUUCUUCGAAAGAGAACGUCAUUGGACUGGUAUUUUGAUGGAAGUUGAUCCCUUUUUAUUCAAACUACUAAACAAAAGAAAUAGAAAUGCUUAUCUAAUUAACGCGGCAAUUAGUUUAAGCAACAAAUCAGGACCAGUAAUCUACGAACCAAGGUCUACUUUUGCUGGUAUGAGUUUAAAAGAUUCAAGAAAACAGAAAAGAGACAUUAUAGAAGUUCAAUCUUUUCCAUUCAACAAAAUAGUACAAGCAACCCCAUUUCAGAGAGUGAAUUUUCUCUCUAUCGAACAAGAACAAGCUAAUGUUAAAGCAUUACGUAGUAUAGAUUAUACACUAGUUCCUAUUGAUGUAAUACUCGUGGAAUACAACUACAAUCGACAAACAGAAAGGAAAUUAGAUGAUAUUAAAAAAUUACUAUUAGAUACUCAUCUAUACAAAUUUAUUGGAACAUUAAACAAAAAGGAAGCUAUUUUUGCUCGUAAAGACAUUAUCUACAAAAUUCCAAGUGGUUUCCGAGGAUUUAGUGCAUAGCUUUGUUAGAAAAAUAUUUACAUUCUUUACUUUUCCAUCCUAAAAAUACUCUGCUAAUCUUUCAUUUAUAUUAUGAUAUUGAAAUAGGAUGUUUAUUAUUACACCUCCUUUUUAUUAUUGAAUGCUCUAAAUAGACAUUACGUUCAAAAAUAAAUAUACAGCUAUAAUCUUAACACUUUAUGUGUACAAGUAUAGAAUUAUAUAGGGAAAUUUCUAAUUCUAAUACAAAAACAGUGCUAUUCCAUGUCUUCUAUCAUAUAAAAUAUAGAUAAUUAUUACUAAUAUUACCUAAUGUUACCUAUAAUCUUCAAAGUUGAAUACAGAACG